CCGAGUUUAUGCAGUUGCUACGCAAAUAAGCUCGUAUUAUCCACUCACCUUCUGAUGGGCUGCAUGGGUGUAUGCGUUACGUUCUAUUGAUGGGGAUGUUGGCCAUGGAACUUCUUGGCUACUGUAAAGCGUUUGCAUUCCUCGUUGACGUCGUGCUUUGCUUGCUACUAUCGCAUGUCUUGUUGCAAUGUGUACUCGGUUUUGAAGUCGCCCGAAGUUCCUUGGCGCCGUCGUACAGUUCUUUUGGUCAACGCUGAUGUGAGGGGUUGCGGCGCGGGGUCAGCUCACAUUCGCUUUGUGAUAUUGAACCACUCUUGAGAAACAGCAAAAUGAGGGCAUUCGCAAAACUAUUAUGGCUCUGCGCCAUGCAGGUCAUAUACGCCAUUGAUGUGGACUGGAGUAGUUCAGGUGACUCUCCUUAAUCCCAAAUCAUGAUUUAAAUUGAUUCGAUUUCUACCCAGAUUCUAUCAAAGCUGGCGCAAGGAUAGCCUUAGAUGGAAUGAUGUCCUACUACACCGGGAACCUCAGCGGCCAAAUCCCAGGUCUACUUCCUGCACCCUACUACUGGUGGGAAGCUGGUGGGAUGUGGGGAGCUCUCGUUGAUUACUACCACUACACCGGAGACCCAACCUACAACGCAGUCACUAUGCAAGCAUUACAGUUCCAAGUGGGCCCCUACAAUGAUUUCAUGCCUCCCAACGAAACAGCAUCACUGGGAAAUGACGAUCAAUCAUUCUGGGCUUUAGCAGCGCUAAGUGCAGCAGAGACGAACUUCCCCAACCCAGCUCCCGAUCAACCUUCAUGGUUGGCUCUCGUGCAAGCAGUAUUCAACGAGCAGGUCUCCCGCUGGGACACCCAAUACUGCAAUGGCGGAAUUAGAUGGCAGAUUUACCCCCAGAAUAACGGGUAUACGCUCAAGAACUCGAUUUCCAACGGCUGUCUAUUCAACAUUGCCUCCCGCUUGGCGAGAUAUACGGGCGAUGAUAUGUAUGCGCAGUGGGCGGUCAAGAUCUGGGAUUGGAUGAGCAGGAUUGGGUUGAUUGAUGCGAAUUACAACGUUUAUGAUAAUUCCGAGGCGGACAUUCUGAAUUGUACGCAGGUUGAUAAGAACCAGUGGGUUUAUAACGCCGGGACUAUGCUCAUGGGUGCUUCUACCAUGUAUAACUACACAAACGGCUCAGCCCUCUGGCAAACCCGCACAGCAGGUCUCCUCUCCACCCUCGCCUUCGACUUCUUCCCAGGCGGCAUAAUGAAAGACAUCUGCGAACAAUACAACGCCUGCAACGUCGACGAACACUCCUUCAAAGCCUACCUCUCACGCUGGAUGGCGGCCUCCACCAAAAUGGCACCCUUCACAUACAAUACCUCGUACCCCCUCCUCGUCUCCUCCGCCAAAGCAGCAGCAGCCCAAUGUAACGGCUCGCCAACGGGCAAUGUAUGUGGGCUGAAAUGGUACAACAACGGGACGUGGGAUGGAACGAAUGGUGUCGGGCAGCAGAUGGCGGCGCUGGAAGUCAUGCUCGGGACGCUGAUUAAGCAGACUACUGCUCCGGUGACGAAUUCCACGGGCGGGACGUCCGUCGGGAAUCCGACGGCGGGGUACAACUCCUCGAGUGUCCCGCCGGGAGAGGUGAUUGUUCCUGCUAACCAUGGGGAUCGAGUCGGAGCGUGGUUUUUGACUGCGGUUCUGGGUUUGGCGGCGAUGUGGUGUUGGUUGUUUAUGAGUACGAGUGUUUUGGAGGGGAGAGGUGGGAAGCCGACUGUUGCGGGGAGGAAGGCGAGGGUAAGUAGGACGUGGGAGGGGGUUUGGAAGGGAAAGGGGAGAGAGACGAGUGUGGAUCUUGGAGAGGAUGGAGGGGUCAUGAGAGAAGUGCAGCGUCCGAAACAUGCUAGUGUUUUGUCGAAGAGGUCGAUUGGAGAUGAUAGGGCGGGUGAUAGGAGGAGUAUUCCGAUUUAUAGGGGAGGUGACUUAGCUACUUGAUAGUGUUAGAAAAGCAAGAAACAGAAAUGAAGCAUUU